AUGGAGCCUCCAGGGGUAGGUGGGCCUCCAGGGGUAGGUGGGCCUCCAGGGGUAGGUGGGCCUCCAGGGGUAGGUGGGCCUUCUGGGGGCCUCCAUGGAGCCUCCAGGGGUAGCCCCCCCCCCCCCCCCCCCAGGCUGAACCUGCGUGAGCUGGGCCCCCUGGCGGCGCACAUGCGCUGGUUCGUGUGGCUGAUGGCGGCGGCCGGGACCGUGUACGUGUUCAACUACCACGAGAGGUACAAGCUGGUGGAGCUGGCCUUCUAUCUGACCAUGGGCUUCUUUCCUGCCUCCGUGGUGACCUCCAUGAGCAACACGGAGGGCCUCCCGGAGCUGGCCUGCGGGGGCCUGCUUUACUGCCUCGGCGUGUUUUUCUUCAAGAGCGACGGCGUGAUCCCGUUCGCUCACGCCAUCUGGCACGUCUUCGUGGCGCUGGCGGCCGCCGUGCACUACUACGCCAUCUGGAAGUACCUCUACAAGGCCCUGGACUCCUGA